ACAAAUCGUUUGAUCAACAGUAUUAUAUCUAUCAUGAGGAUCCUCAUAAUUACAUUGAUCGCUGUUUCAGCAGUCGUUUCAAGAGCCCAGGAAAUUGGAACGACUGCAGAAGUUCUUCAAAAAAUUUACUACAAAUGUGUAGAUAGCGAAUCAAUGAUUUCUUGUGUAAAGCCAAAAGUCUUGGCAUACUUGAGUGAUGUUGUUAAAUACGAAAAAGUGCCAAUAACUGAUGAUUUAACGAUCGUUAAGUCUAGAGAAAUGCCAGAAGAUAAUGAAGACUAUUUGCCAUAUGAAGGAAUCGAUUCCAAGAGGAAAGAACUUCUUCGAUCUCUUAUGUUAGAGAAACUGGACGCUUACCUUUUGUCUCAUCGAUUAGAAGCUAAAUUACCUGAAGCCAUAAUUGGAUCCAAUAUUGUUCCAAGAUCUUUUGUUGAAUCAGUUCCCCAACGUCUCAGUGUUCCUCUUUCAGACUCGGCACAGGGACAAGGUCGUGGUUUCGUGAAGAAAGUCAUGAUUCCUUUCCUUCUGGGUUUGAAAUUCAAAGCAACAGCAUUGGUUCCUCUCGCUUUGGCACUAAUUGCUCUCAAAACAUGGAAAGCUUUGACACUUGGGCUCUUGUCAUUAGUUCUAAGUGGUGCCAUGCUCAUCUUCAAACUUACUAAACCGAAAGUUGCAUACGAAGUUGUUCAUUAUGGACACCCUCCAGUAGAGCAUGCAGCUCCUCAUUGGGAUUCUGCUCCUAAUGGGCCUUACAGUGGUUACAGAAAAUAAAAUCACCAAAGUUUCAAUCUAAACAUCUAGCUUACCUACUUCAAAAUUUUGUAUUUUAUUUAUUAUUUAUUUAUACUAAAAUAAAUGCUUUUAUUUAUAUAAAA